UUAGACGGAAUAGCAGCAGCACUUGGAAGCUCUUCGGUUUUGCCUUCUCCUCGUCUGUCUGUUUUCCCAGCCUUUCCCGGAAGAUCUUCUCGCUGCCGCGCAAGCCUCGUGUGGAUAAUCCGCGGAUUUUAUUUUCCUCACCUGCUUGACUAUUUGGACCAUUAUGACUUUGGAGGAAAUUCACGGCCAGGAACCGAUGCCUGAAACGAGCGACAGCACCACUAGCAGCGCCACGAGUAGCGGCGGCAACAGGAUGCAGAGCGCCGGCAAAGCUCUCCAGGAGUUGCUGGUCUCCUCGCAGCGCCGCGGCUGCCUCACCGCGGGCGUCUACGAAUCCGCCAAACUGAUGAAUGUUGAUCCCGAUACCGUCGCUUUCUGUCUGCUGGCUGCAGAUGAGGAGGAUGAGGGGGAUAUUGCACUCCAAAUCCACUUCACCCUCAUCCAGGCUUUCUGCUGUGAAAACGACAUCGACAUUGUCCGAGUGAAUGACAUCCAGAAACUUGCCACGAUUGUGGGAGCCGGCGAGGAAGCUGGAGAGCCCCGGGACCUGCAUUGCAUCCUCAUAACGAAUCCCAAUGAGGAUGCCUGGAAAGAUCCAGCCUUGGACAAGCUCAACCUGUUUUGUGAGGAAAGUCGAAACAUCAACGACUGGGUGCCCAAUAUCACCCUUCCUGAGUGAUGAUGGGAAGCCAAAUGCAUGGGAGAGGUUGAAGCCUUUUGUUGCAUUCUCAUCCUGGAGUUGCACAUCUGGGCAACCCAGCAAGUGGCUGAUUCUGGGGAUUAACCUGGUCAACAGCUUGGAUUAAGUCGCUCAGACAGCACGUGGUAGGUUCUUGCAGAGAAAGGAGAAGCAAAGGACGAAGGGGGCUGGCUUAGGCCGACAGCGAGUCCCCACUAUGCUGCAGCGCUGGAGAAGCUGGCAUAUCUACGGAGCUGAAGAAGUACUGCAAGUUUUUUUUAGGAGCAGAAGGCGGGGAAAAAAACUGUUGCAGCUUUCCGGGUCAGGUGGAAUGUUGAUUGUGUUAGGGAAGCUGGAGAGAAAGUUGGAAAACUGGACACAGGAGGCAUGUGAAAGUAUGGACAAAGUACGGUAACCAGGAAUGGUUGGCAGGGGUACCCCAAGCCCCCAAGAGACUGAAAGCUUGAUGGACUUUGGCACCAUUGUAUUUCUACAAAGACUUUGAUGCAGACUGAACUGUUGGAUGCCUUUGGACUAUAUUCUACAUUAAUGAUAACUGAUGUUGCAAUAAUCCUUUUUAACUGAAAUUCAUGCUGCUAUUGAAGAUCUUAUAAAUUUUGAUAAUAAAUGUUGACAACUGA